CCUCCGUCCUGGGCUCCUGCCUCCAGCCGGCGCCGGCCCAGACCCCAGUGACCAUCGUCCUCACCCCGCCGAGCCCCGUGGUGGGAGGGGACGUCAGCCUGGACCCACAGCCACUGCCACAGGGCUUCGUGUUCUGCAGCUGGCACCGAUCAGCGACCGCUGCUGAAAACAACCGGAUCCUCACCUACUUCCCACUAACGCCCCCCGUUCAGGUCCCUGGCCCGGCCCAGACGGGGCGGGAGACAGCGGGGCCGGGCUGCGCCCUGAACAUCGCGGGGUUAACACUCAAUGACACCGGGAACUACUCGGUGCUGAUAUACAUCCCUACCGCCGCUAACCCUGUCCUCGCCAAGGUGGUUCUGCGCGUCUCUGAGCUGCAGGCUCCACAGUGGGGUGUGUACGAUCAGCUGCGGAGAUGA